AUGGGGUACUCACGCAGCACCCUCGAGCUCAAGGAUGACACCGCCAUUGUUGUCCUCGGUGCAUCCGGAGAUCUGGCUAAGAAGAAGACCUUCCCGGCCCUCUUUGGCCUCUACCGCAACAAAUUCCUGCCUAAGGGAAUCAAGAUCGUCGGUUAUGCCCGGACGAGCAUGGACCACGAGGAGUACCUGAGACGCGUGCGAUCCUACAUCAAGACCCCCACCAAGGAAAUCGAGGAGCAGCUGGAUAGCUUCUGCGGGCUUUGCACCUACGUCUCCGGUCAAUAUGACCAGGAUGACUCCUUCAUCAACCUGAACAAGCACCUGGAGAGCGUCGAGAAGGGUCACCGCGAGCAGAACCGUGUCUUCUACAUGGCCCUUCCCCCCAGUGUUUUCAUCACCGUGUCCGAGAAGUUAAAGAAGAACUGCUACCCCAAGAACGGCAUCGCCCGAAUUAUCGUCGAAAAGCCUUUUGGCAAGGACCUGACCAGCUCGCGCGAGCUGCAAAAAGCCCUCGAGCCCAAUUGGAAGGAGGAGGAGAUCUUCCGGAUUGACCACUACCUGGGUAAGGAGAUGGUCAAGAACAUUCUGAUCAUGCGCUUUGGCAACGAAUUCUUCAACGCCACUUGGAACCGCCACCACAUCGACAAUGUUCAGAUCACGUUUAAGGAGCCGUUCGGCACUGAGGGCCGUGGGGGUUACUUUGACGAGUUUGGCAUCAUUCGUGACGUGAUGCAGAAUCAUCUUCUGCAAGUUCUGACGCUGCUUGCCAUGGAGCGUCCCAUCUCCUUCUCGGCUGAAGAUAUCCGUGACGAGAAGGUUCGUGUUUUGCGCGCCAUGGACCCCAUCGAGCCGAAGAACGUCAUCAUCGGCCAGUACGGCAAGUCGCUGGACGGCAGCAAGCCCGCGUACAAGGAGGACGACACGGUUCCCCAGGACUCGCGGUGCCCGACCUUCUGCGCCAUGGUCGCGUACAUCAAGAACGAGCGGUGGGACGGCGUGCCUUUCAUCCUGAAGGCCGGUAAAGCCCUGAACGAGCAGAAGACCGAGAUCCGCAUUCAAUUCCGUGAUGUCACCUCGGGCAUCUUCAAGGAUAUCCCCCGCAACGAGCUGGUCAUCCGUGUCCAGCCCAACGAGUCGGUGUAUAUCAAGAUGAACUCCAAGCUGCCCGGUCUGUCCAUGCAGACUGUGGUUACCGAGCUCGACUUGACCUACCGUCGCCGCUUCUCCGAUCUCAAGAUCCCCGAGGCGUACGAGUCUCUGAUCCUGGAUGCGCUUAAGGGCGACCACUCCAACUUCGUCCGCGACGACGAGCUGGAUGCCAGCUGGAAGAUGUUCAGUCCUCUCCUACACUAUCUGGACGACAACAAGGAGAUCAUUCCCAUGGAUUACCCUUACGGUUCCCGGGGUCCCGCUGUCCUCGACGAUUUCACCGCGUCCUUUGGAUAUAAAUUCAGCGACGCCGCAGGCUACCAGUGGCCGGUGACGUCUGCUCCCAACCGGCUGUAG